AAAUGAGUUACUAGAACAACAGAGAUCAAGAAUUCAUCUCAGACCAGGAGACGAUGAGGACGAUGCAGAGAAGAGCUUCUUCCGCCAUAAUUAUUACCAUUGCUCAGUCUCAGGAAGCAGCGGCUUCAUUAGGAACUACUGCUCCUGCUAGUUGUACUACUCUUGCUUCAUUUCUCUCUGCAGUCGCAAACCCUAUACCCCAAUUAGCUUUUUACUCUGCUAGUAGUAGUAAAAUUAGGUCGUCUUCUGGAAAAGCUCUAAAAUUUCAAUCUGGUUUGAGGAAUGAUUUUAGUAAUAUCAACAGUCUUGAUGAUGCUUUGAGCUUGUACAAGCAGAUGGUCCGAAUGAGGCCUCUGCCUUCUGUUAUUGAUUUCACUCAACUGCUGGACCGUAUUGUUAAGAUGAAUAAGCACUAUUGUUCCGUUAUUCACCUGUUUAGGGACAUGUGCGUCAAGGGCAUUCCAGUUAAUGAGUACACUCUCAAUGUUGUGAUUAAUUGUUACUGCCUCGUGGGUCGAGUGGAUUUGGGGUUUUCCAUAUUGGGUGGCUUCUUCAAACGUGGUCUUGUGCCAGAUGUAGUCAGCUUUAGCACUUUACUUAAGGGACUUUUUCGAGAGCAUAAGGUUCCUCAGGCACAAGAAUUGUUCAAAAAAAUAAUAUACAACAAAGUUUGCGAGCCCAAUGAAGUUAUGUUUGGAAUUGUAAUAGAUGGCUUGUGUAAGGUGGGAAACACUCAAACUGCCAUCGACUUCCUCAGAUCAAUGGAAAAAGGACGAAGAUCUUGUAAACCUGAUACAGUUGUGUACAACACUAUCAUUGACAGCUUGUGCAAGGAUAAAAUGGUUGAUGAAGCUCUUGCACUCUUCCGGGAGAUGAUUGAAAAGAGCUUACCUGCGGAUGUUGUCAGUUAUAAUUGUUUGAUUCAGGGUCUCUGCAGCUUAAGCAGAUGGAAGGAGGUUAAAGAGCUCUUCUCUGAGAUGAAGGAUUAUAAAAUUGUUCCGAAUGUCUUUACUUUUAAUAUAGUGGUGGAUGCACUGUGCAAGGAAGGACAGGCAGAAGAUGCUGAAGAGGUAGUCAGCAUCAUGAUUCAGCAAGGUCAGACUCCCAAUCUGGUCACAUACAAUUCCUUAAUGGAUGGAUACUGUUUACAUUGCCGAAUAGAUGAAGCAGGGAGAAUCUUUAAUACCAUGGUUACUAGUGGCCUUACUCCUGAUCUCCAUAGCUAUGCUAUUCUGAUAAAUGCCUAUUUCAAGAACAAGGAAGUGGAAGAAGCCAUGAAUCUCUUUCGAGAACUUCAACACAAAGGUUUAACACCUAAUAUUGUUGUUUAUAACACUGUCCUGCAGGGGUUAUUUAGUGCAGGAAGGUAUCUCAGUGCAAGAGAAGUUUUUGAUGAGAUGCAAGCUGCUGGCCUAAAUCCUAAUUUUUUCACUUACUGCAUCAUGUUGGAUGGGUUGUGCAAGACUGGAAAUGUCGAUGAAGCUUUGCAGUUAUUCCAUUCAAUGGAAGUUGAUGGAGUAGAUCUUCAUGUACAAAUGUACGGUAUCAUCCUUAAUGGGUUGUGCAAAAGUAGAAGGCUCGAUAGUGCUCGAGAUCUUUUCAACAGUCUCUGCCUUAAAGGAUUGGAUCCUGAUGUCAGAACAUACACCAUCAUGAUUGCUGGCUUGCUUUCAGAAGGUCUGCUCAUCGAAGCCAAAGAGCUUGUUGAAAAAAUGGAAGAGAAGGGUUGCUUGGCAGAUGGUGCUACAUACAAUGUUAUUCUGCAAGGACUCCUCAAGGGAGGUCAUUAUGACGAUGCAAUGGUCUGUUAUGAAGAAAUGGUUCAUAGAGGAUUCUCACUGGAUGCAUCUACUUUUUCCAUUUUACUUGAUUCAUCUGCUAAAAAUCAGAACAAUCCUUCAUUACCAAUGUUGAUGCUGAAGAUUGAUCCCGAUAGCAAGAAGUUCAUGGAUGGAGGACAAAGAGGACCUUCACAUUAGUUGCAACAUGUUGGUCCUGCUGUUUUUUGGCCUUGAGCAAACAUUAAUUAGGUUUGCAUUUGAUCCUGUUAUUAGUUAUCAUGUUUGUUGCAACUGAGCCUUAGUGGAGCUCUCUUGGUGAUAGUUUGUGAAACACCUCAGAGAUCAUCAGUCUGGUGGAGAAGCCGCAUUCCUUAGGGAGGUUCAAUUGUUUGGUGUGGCAAUCCACAGAAUUUGGUGCAAUUAAGUGGAUUUGUACUCCUUCUUUUCAAGACUUCUUGUUUGUCCUUUCAUGGAGAACCUCAAUGUGGCAUAUCACUUAAGUGAUAACUUGAACAGGCUAUUUUUCUUCAUUUUUCCUGGGCGUUGGUGCUUUAGCUUGCCUGUUAAGUUCAGUUUGGAUAGCCACUAUUUGAAUUUGUUGAAAGUAAAGACUUAAAUAUCAUCUGCAAGUAUAGUUUGUGAUAUUCUAUUUCUAGAAAAGUUUCAAGCUGUAUUUCUAUAAUUUUGAGGAAUUUUUUUCAUUUAAGAAUGAUAAAAUUGCUACUUUUACUUCAAUUGCUAAACGGACCCAAAUAUGCCACCAGUUCAAAAGUGUAAAAACUUUCUAGACUAGCUUCUUGCUUUGGGUUCAUAUUUUGAGGUCCAUAGGCAUGUCCAUUUAUUUUUUCACAACAUUUGACAGAAUCUGAACUUUUCAAGUAUGCUCCAGGAAAAGGUAUUCUGAUUAUUUUCCCCUUUAAUUGUCAAUGCUGUGCCAAAUUAUAUAGAUAUCCUGUAGAAGUGUGGCAAAAUAUCAUUCUCUUGCAAUAACUUGAAAUAAUUCAUCCAAGAAACUCUCUCUCUCUCUCUGUCUCUCUCUCUCUCUCAUAUAUUUCUCCUCAUACAUAAAUCCAUUUGUGUGUUUGGUUGUUCAUUAACAAUAUACUUGAUUAUGGGAUUCUUCAAGAUUAAUAUUUGGUUGUUCCUAAGUUGCAAUGGUAACUAAAGAAAGGUUUUUAUUGCAAAACUGUACUUUCAUUUGAUCACCAUCUGCAAUGGUUAAAAAAAAAGGUCGGUAAUAAUAUAAUUGGUCUAGUCUAACAAACUUUGUAUCUACCAGUUUCCUUUUUCUUAUUCUUGUUCUUUUUGGAUUGAGCAGGAGAGGGGUGGAAUUUGUAUUGCAGAGUGUGAAGAUUUGACAUCAGCUCAGACUGGAUAGAAACAAUUAAUCAGGGUUUUGAUACUGCAUGCACUAGUUUGCAAUGGCGACAUGUGUUGCAAAGAGAAUGACCGUAGCAGGUUUUUGGGUGCUGUUAAGAAGAAGAAGUCUUCUUGCUCAUGUUUUUGUCCUAUGGUGGGGAUUUCAAUAAUGCUUUCUGCACAUGUCCUGGAGUACCUGCUUGAGCAUUGCAAUCUGAAAAUCGUUCACUGAGAUUUGAAGGCUGGAAACAUCCAUCUGGAUGAUGACAUUGCAGCUUUCUUAGUGGUUACAAAACUACCACAUCACAACUCAAAUCCAGGGAACCAUGGGACACAUUGCCCCUGAAUAACUGUAAAGCCUUUGGAGAUGACAGAUGUAUUUGGUGUGACUCUUGCACAACUUGUAACCUGUCAGUCUGCAAUAUUUCUGCUUGAAGAGGAGGAGGACGUACUAUUGCUAGAUAAGGGAUGAUGUUAAGUAUCCAUGGACUUGUGAUCAAUCUCCAGAGCAAGAAGUUGCUGAAAGAGAAAAGGCUCGAGGACACCGUGGACAAAAUCUUGCAUGCUUUUGAUGCCAAAGAUAUUGAGACAAUCUUUUAGGUUGUGUUGCUUUGCACCCAAAGCUAUCCAGAACGCAGUCAAAAAAGGCAGAAUUUAUAAGGACGCACCAAGGAGUGGGAUUAUCUGUGGUAUCGGUAGGGUUGGAGCAGCUUGAAGAAGAAAGAUAUCGGGAAGUCUCCCUCGUGUCCUAACAGUUUUGUUUGGGCUGAUGAAUCUGCACAAGAUCAAAAAACUAUUCAAUUAUCGCAGGCAAGGUAGGUCCUUUGGAGCGCAAUUUGUAUGCGAGAUCAUCAGUGGCCUGUAUACCAAGUUAAUGAAAAACCUCUGUAAUUCUCACUCAUUCAACUACUAUUUCAUAAGUAAACUACCCAGGGCUUGGAGCUGGAAUUUUGUACGACUCUGUCUAAUUCAACAAGGCUGUAUUGUGCAUAAGAUAUAGGUAUUUUUUUAAAGUAGGAGUAGGACUUCGUGCCUAUAGCUCAAGACUAAUUUAUGUAUUAUGUGAAAUUUUGGUGGAAUUUUCCGGUAUACGUUAACAAGUUGGACAUUAA